CUCUGAAUUAAAAUUUUGAUCAAAAUAAGUGAGCCUCGUUUCGGCCGAUCCAUUUCAUAGAUUUUUUCUUACAUGUUUCAUACAAUAAUUGUUAGUUUUGAAUUCAAAUCAUAAGUGUAACAAAUGUUAUAAUCCUCAGACCGUUUUCUUUAGGUUCUAUUGACAGACUUAGAGUGCUUCCGAUCUAUUUCCUACUAGCGAAUUCGGGUUCAUUUGUGACAAAAAAAAGUAUACAUUCAAGUCCAUUUGGCAUGUAAAGGAUCGACACUCCUUUUAAUCUUCCUCAAUAAAAUUAAGCAAGUUCAGAGGUUUGAUGAUCAAUUCAAAGCAGUGAAGCCUGAGAUUUUUGGUAGUGAUUUGCUUAAAUAGUUGUUCACAUCAAUUACCUUAAUACCCAAACCUGUAGUGAAAAGUAACGUAAUUAUUAUUCAUCAUUAUUCGUGUAACAAAAUUUUACUAAAAACUAGGUUGACAUAAUAUGUUAAACAAAACAAACUUUCCGUUGACACUAAACUAAGUUGUUAUCACCUUUUUCCUUGAUGUUAUUUGAAAUUCACUAACAAAUUCGCCUCCAUUACGAUCCACAAUGUUCUCCAGUCAACAUUCAUAAUAAUCGGGGAACCAUGAAACCACGUCUCCCCAUUUCAUACUAACCUCCUAUUCUAGGAUACAAACCUUUUUCCAGAGUUUACUCCGUAUAUAAAUUUUUUUUUCAUUACUACGUUUAAGUGUCACACACUAAUCCCAGUCACAUUAGCAAACAUGAGAAGAGUCCCUAAACCCUAACACAAAAAUCCUCUCUAAAAACACCCAUAAAAAUGAUGAGCAAACGAAUCGGACCGGCACUUUGCCUAAUUCUCAUACAUGCAGCCGCCGUCGCUAUAGCCGAAAACGGUCACAAUAGCACGUUAAUAGCGACGAGAUUAACCGUCGCGCGAAUGUGCGCUUCCACCGACUACAAGCAAGCAUGCGAGGAAACCCUCCGACCGGUAAACGCAACGAACGACCCCAAGGAGUUCAUCAAAGCGGCGAUCACCGCCACGAUCGAAGCCACCGAGAGAUCGUUCAAUCUCUCCGCCGCUCUGACCGAGAAAAUCAACAUCGGCCGCCGCCGGGAGAAGAACACCACCGCCAUCAGCGGCUUACGAAUGGCGCUGGAAGAUUGCAGGGAUCUGUUAUCCGACGCCGUUUCCGAGCUUCAAGAAUCCCUGUCUUUUUUAGCCAACAGCAGCAGCCUCCUCACGUCCCGAGCCAACAACGAGUCGGCCGCCGCGGACGGCAGCCGACACGUCAUCACGGAGCUUCAAAAUUGGCUGAGCGCCGUCGUUUCAUACCAGUACACCUGCCUCGACCACCUGAUCGAACGUUCACAGAAGUUGAAAUUAGCUCGGUCCAACUCCUUUGGCUCUGUCAUGAAGGGAGGGCUUGGGAGGGCGACGCGGCUGACGAGCAACGCGUUGUCGAUGGUAAACGAGAUCGCGCGGUCGCUAGAUUUGGUCACGUCGCUAGGGCGGACCCAGAGGGAUCAUCGUAAAGGUGGUCGGAAGCAUCUGAUGACGACGCGACGACGACGAGGGAGGAGGAUGCUCGAUGAGGGGUUUAGUUUCGAAGUUGUGGUGGCGCAAGACGGAAGUGGCCAAUUUACGACGAUCUCUGAAGCUCUGGCGGCAUACGAUCGAGAGAAAGUUGAGGAUACAGGUGGGUACUAUGUGGUUUAUGUGAAGGAGGGUGUCUAUAAGGAGCAUGUAACGGUGAAGAAGGAUCAACGGAAUGUGUUCAUGUUUGGAGAUGGAGCUCGGAGGACUAUUGUUAGUGGGAAUAGAAGCAAUCGGGAUGGUUUCCGGACCAUGAAAACUGCCACUUUCGAGGCGUUGGGCCCGGGGUUCAUAGCCCAAUCAAUGGGCUUCGAGAACACAGCGGGCCCAGAGGGCCACCAAGCGGUGGCCCUCCGCGUGCAAGGCGACAAAUCGGCCUUCAUCGACUGCGCAAUCGACGGCUACCAAGACUCCCUCUACUGCCACGCCCACCGCCAGUUCUACCACAACUGCGAAAUCUCCGGCACGAUCGACUUCAUCUUCGGCUACGCCGCCGCCGUCAUUCAGAACUCCGUCAUCACCAUCCGCCGCCCGAUCGGAAGCCAGCAGAACGCCGUGAUCGCGCAGGGGCGCGCGAUCGAGCAGCAGACCACUGGGAUCGUGCUCCAGAACUGCAGGAUCGUGGCGGAGGACGGCGGCGUGCCGCCGUCGUACCUCGGCCGUCCGUGGAAGGCGUACUCGAGGGCGGUGGUGAUGGAGUCGGAGAUCGGGGGCGUGAUUCGGCCGGAGGGGUGGAUGCCGUGGCUGGGGGAUCUGUAUUUGGAUACGUUGUGUUUUGAGGAGUAUGGGAACUCCGGCGCCGGCGCGGCGACCGGAGGGAGGGUGAAGUGGAAGGGGUUUCGGGUUGUGGGGAAGGACGAGGCGGUUCAUUUUACUCCGGGUGAGUUCAUUCAGGGAGAGGAGUGGCUGGAUGAGAAGAUUGAUGGCAAAAUCAGUUUUGGUCUUUCACAUUGAUUUCGUGGAUCGUUUGGAUGCAUCAUUUUGAAUAUGUGAUUCACUUGGGUUCGUUACAAAGAGAUAUACGUAUGUUGCACGUUUGAACACAAUGUUAUUGGUUUGAAAUUAUGUAGCCAUGGAAUUUACAUGCGGAUUAAGUGAAUUCUUUGAUGGUAUCGAGCCAGAACAACCUACUCUUGUUAACACUUCGAUUGUUAACUUAAAAUUCGAAUCUCAAACAAUUGAAAAAAUCAAAUAUGUCACCAAUAAUACAUUAGAAUCAUUCAUAAAUGAACUAAAAAUUACAAUUUCACUAUGAAUACUAUGAUUUCCAUAUCCUAUUCCCAAAUCCAAAUCCAAAUCCAAAUCCCUUCCCAAAUAUUUAGCAACCACCAAAUUCCAAUCUUGGUUCUUGCAAACCACUGAACUUUGCUUCUGGUUUCAAUGUUUGGCUGUUCCAACUCUUCCCCCUCAAAUUCAAACCACUGAACUUACUAGUACACGAACCUAGAGAAGAAGGAGGAGGGAAAAGGAAAUAAGCAAGAAAAUGCGCGGGUCAAAGGCUGAAAGACACCCAAAUGUCGCAUUAGAGGAGUUUGGCUUUCUGGGUUUCUCAUUUGACUUCUUGUAUUUCAUUGUUUCCUCUCAAAGUUUCACACUUUGUCGAGGCUGAUCUAAUGGAUCACAUUAUUCUUUUGCUUUCUUUAUUUCAAUUUUCUUCUUCUGCUUCUUCCAUGGCUGGUGCCUGGUCUCCACUCAAAUUGACGACAAGGAGAAUCUUGAACGGUUAGAGUUCUUCCAAAAACCAAGUUUCCACCCUUUGGGAUGCGUCGCUUUCUCUGCAGUUUCUUCUGCAGUUUCUGGCUUGGUUGAAAGGGCAGCUUCAUAUUUGUGGCAUAUACCAAAUUGGGCGCUGAAUUCCUGCCCUUUCCCUUCAAUUAAAGGUGAGAGCUCUUGUCUAAGGUUAAAUUCAUGAUUGUUUCAAUUCGGAGCACUCGUGGAAUUUUGGAGAUAAUUUCCAUGAAGGUUCUUGUUGAUUUGUCAACUCAACAAACGUGAGUGGUUUAGUUAGACUAGUUGGGCUGCUGCAAACUGUGGAAAAAAGCUCAUGAAUGAUGAAGGAGAUUAUUUCUAAGGAGCUAGUUAAUCUAGAACUACAACCACUUACGGAACAUUUGGAUUUCUUGACACUGUUAACUAUUCUGGAACGGUUUGGAAAAUGUGGGGGAACGACAGUUUAUGUCCUCCAUAUGUUUGAUGAAUUGCCUCAAACAGCCAAUUAUGCUUUGACUUUACCUUCACUUUAGCACAGUACCAGAACAUAUGGUUUGUCCCAUGACUUGCAUGGCUAGAACCCACUCAAUGUAAGGACACCACUAGGACUAGGAUCAGAAUGGAUUAUGUGGUCAGUUAUGGUGUUCACAUUGUUGCAUUGUUUCUGCAUGUGUACAAUGCCAAUCUGGUGAUUGUAAGGACUCUUCAUAUUGUUGUUUCCCAUUCAGACACUCGUUUUGCUUCAUCAAACUUCCAAAGUUGUCAGUUUGGGAACUGGAAGUAGUGUGAAUGACAACUACCAACUUCUUUUUUGGUCUUGUAAGGCACUACCAUCUCUGAAAUCAGAUUUCUUGUGGCCUAAAUUUUUUUUUGUAAGAGUGGUUGCAUUAGCAAUGGAUUUAAUCUGAAGCUUCAUGCAUCCAUUGAGAACUUCUACUCAGACCUAUAUUAUAGGCCAAUUAAGAGCCCGUUGGUUGGUUGUACUUGUAGGUUGUUGUCAUUUGUUUCAAUUGCAUGCUAUCAUGUGAGUUGUACUUUCAAAAACAUUGUUUGGUUUAAUGCAUCUGUUCUGUAAGUCGAGCCAGAAAAGUGGGGA